GCUAUUUCAUAGUCAAUCGACUUGUAUUUUUUCAAAGUCCUAAUGGAUUUUAAAUUUAUUACAUUUUGAGUAAAAUAGCUUCUGUUAGGAUCUUUUUUUGUAGCUUUUAGUCUGUUUAUGCUAUGCACUUUCUAUAAAGGUUCGUAAGCGACUUCAUUUUUCAUCCACAACUGUAACCAAAAGCUAUAAAGCCUUUGUUCGUUCAUUCCAAAUAAAAGAGCAAUAUCAAAAAGAAAUGAUUUCGUUUGGUUCUUUCUCGUAUAUUGCAAGUUUAUUGCUCAAUGGUGCAAACAUGUUGAUGCAAAUCUAUUUUAUAAUUAUGUUCAGUGAUUUGGAAAUGGACUACAUAAAUCCAAUCGACCUAUGUAACAAACUGAAUUUAUAUAUAGUUCCAGAGAUCUUGACACAUAGCGGCAUGACUCUUCUUUUGUUGCUUGCAGGGAAAUGGAUCUUGGUGCUCAUAAAUUUACCACUUGUCGUUUUUCAUGUGAAUCAAAUUAUUCAGAAAACUCAUGUUUUGGAUGCCACGGAAAUAUUCCGUCAGUUAGGUCGCCAUAAACGGGUCACUUUUAUGAAGGCUCUCUUUGCCUUGGUCAUGUUUUUUACCUUGCUUUAUUGCAUGGUUAUGUCUCUUGUGCAAGAACAAUAAAAGCUUUACAAGAAUAAAAGUAGGUACGGAAUGAACAGGUUUGAUGCUUAUUUAAUACUAUUGGGAUUACUCGACAAUUCUUGCAUAUCGAGCACUUGAAAAAACCGCUUCUUAGUAGACAAAUAAUACCUUUUAUACUGAUUUUUUCGACGAGACUUGUUUGAACCAUUUAUGAAUAGUAAGAUUGUAAGUUUU